AUGCCUGAAAAACUAAGUUUUAAGGACAAAGUAGUGAUUAUUACUGGUGCUGGCGGCGGAUUGGGCCGCGUGUAUGCGCUGGAAUUCGCGAAAAGGGGUGCAAAAGUGGUGGUGAAUGAUCUGGGUGGCAGUUUGAAAGGCGAGGGCCACAACGCGCGAGCGGCCGACGUGGUGGUUAACGAGAUCAAACAAGGGUUCAAAAAUGGAGAUGCAGUGGCGAACUACGACUCUGUGACCGACGGGGCUGAAAACAUUGUCCAGACUGCGCUCCGCGCGUUUGGACAAGUGGACGUGGUGGUGAAUAACGCUGGGAUUUUGCGAGACGCGAGUUUUGGCAAAAUGACACCGCAGGCGUUCCAAUCGGUGCUGGAUGUACAUCUGAACGGCGCCUACAAGCUGACCAAAGCCGCUUGGCCGCAUAUGAAGCAGCGGAAGUUCGGCAGAAUCAUCAAUACUUGCUCUCCUGCCGGACUGUAUGGGAAUUUCGGGCAGGCCAAUUAUUCAGCGGCGAAAUUGGCGCUUGUAGGGUUUUCUGAGACUUUGGCGAAAGAAGGAUUCAAAUAUAACAUCUGCGUGAACUGUAUUGUACCCCUGGCGAGGUCCAGAAUGACCGAGAAAAUCAUUCCUCCGCAUAUUUUGAAACAACUGGCGCCUGAAAAAAUCGCGCCGCUCGUGCUGUAUUUGACGCACGAGUCCGUGAAUGUGACCAACUCGAUUUUCGAAUUGGCCGCUGGAUUUUACGCGCAAGUGCGUUGGGAACGUUCCUCGGGCCAGAUUUUCAAACCAGACCCAAAAACGUUGACUCCCGAAGCGCUGUUAAAGGAAUGGGGUCAUAUCGUAGAGUUCAAGGACAAAUCGUUCCAAAAAGUGGAACAUCCAGUGCAACUUGCAGAUUACAAUAUGCUUAUUACGAAAGCACGUCAAUUACCGGCCAGCGACCAAGGAAAUGUGAAAAUUGAAUCCCUCAAGGACAAAGUUGUCAUUAUCACGGGCGCAGGCGGUGGAUUAGGUAGAGCACAUGCGCUUUGGUUCGCCAAGUACGGUGCCAAAGUUGUCGUGAACGAUAUUCGUGCUCCGGAACCGGUGGUUGACGAAAUUAACAAAUUGUACGGGUCCAAUCGGGCCAUUUCAGACAAGCAUGACGUUGUCGCAGAGCCCGAAGCGAUUGUCAAGACCGCAUUGGAUGCGUUUGGUACUGUUGACGUACUCGUCAACAACGCGGGUAUAUUACGGGACCGUUCCUUUGUGAAGAUGACCGACGCGGAAUGGGACGCAGUGCUAAAAGUACAUUUGGUGUCCACGUUUGGGCUUUGUAAAGCCGUGUGGCCCAUUUUCUCGCAUAACAAGAAAGGGUGUAUUUUGAAUACCACUUCUACCUCCGGAAUUUACGGCAAUUUUGGACAGGCUAAUUACGCGGCUGCGAAAGCCGCAGUGCUUGGAUUGUCCAAGACUUUGGCCAUUGAAGGUGCCAAGAUCGGUAUCAGAGUCAACGCGGUAGCGCCUCAUGCAGAGACCGCUAUGACCAAGACCAUCUUUUCGGAUCGCGAGCUGCAAAACCAUUUCGAUCCUGCACUUGUGUCUCCGUUCUUUGUAUUGCUGGCCAGUGACGAGCUUUCCAAAGUAUCAAAGGCGCCCGUCACGGGCCGGUUGUUCGAAGUCGGCGGUGGUUGGUGUAGUGAAACCAGAUGGCAGCGUGCCGAGGGUGCUGUGAGCAUGUCACCGGAUCCAGAAUUUUUGCGGGAUCAUUGGAGUCAAGUGUGCAAUUUCAAUGGACCCGAGGUGACGUAUCCUACUUCGACUCAGGAUUCUUCAAUGGCCAUUUUGCAAGCGGUUACCCAAGCGGCCAAAUCUGCGUCUGCAAAGGAUCUGUUCAAGUACACCGAGCGCGAUGUGAUCUUGUACAACAUUGGACUUGGAAGUACUAGCAAAGAACUCAAGUACACGUAUGAAAAUGAUGCCAAUUUCCAAGUGUUGCCCACUUUUGGAGUUAUCCCAUUCAUGUCCAGUGGAAACGCGAUCAAUUUGAGUAAACUUGUUGAUAACUUCAACUAUGCGUUCUUGCUACACGGGGAACAAUACUUGAGACUCAACCAAUUCCCUUUGCCUACCAAGGGCUCACUUAAGACCGUUGCCAAACCCGUACAGGUGUUGGACAAGAACGGUAAAGCCGCGGUCAUCGUAGGUGCCUACGAAACCACAAACGCUGCCACUGGAGAACCCUAUGUUUACAAUGAAGCUACAUUCUUUGUUCGCAAAGCCAAAGUUCCUGCAUCCAAAGUCAUUAACGGGUCUCGUCCCAAAUUCGCGGUACAAAAUUUCCCGAAGCCUUCGCGAUCGGCUGACUUUGAACUGGAAAUCAAGACCGAUGCAGACCAAGCGGCCAUUUACAGACUUUCCGGCGACUACAAUCCUCUGCAUAUCGAUCCCAACGUAGCCAAGAUGGUCAAGUUUUCUCGACCCAUCUUACACGGCCUGUGUACUUUGGGUGUGACCGGUAAAGCACUCUACGAGCGAUUCGGACCUUUCAAAGAAAUGAAGGUACGUUUCACAAACGUUGUGUAUCCCGGUGACAAACUCAAAGUUCGCGCCUGGAAAGAGUCCUCGGACCUUGUAAUUUUCCAAACUCUUGACGUGGAUCAAAAUUAUGUCGUUCUUGACAGUUGUGCCAUUCGGCUGUUGGGAUCCAAGUCGAACCUAUAA